AUGAGAAACCAUACAGCCAUAACCACAUUCAUCCUCCUGGGACUGACAGAUGACCCACACAUGAAGAUUCUGAUUUUUAUAUAUCUGCUUAUUGCCUACGUGCUAAGUGUGAUUGGAAACCUGAUCAUCAUCAUCCUCACAACAGUGGACUCCAACCUUCAAACUGCCAUGUACUAUUUUCUCCAAAAUUUUUCCUUCUUGGAAAUCUCAUUCACAACUGUCACCAUGCCUAGAUUUUUGUACAGUCUGUCAACAGGUGACGGGACCAUUACCUAUAGUGCUUGUCUAUGUCAAGUAUUUUUUAUGUAUCUGUUUGAAGUAACACACUUUUAUCUCUUGACUGUUAUGUCUUAUGAUCGAUAUGUAGCCAUCUGCAAACACUUGCAUUAUGCGACCAUCAUGAACUACAAGGUGUGCAAAAGGCUUGUCUUGUGUUGUUGGACAAUUGCCCUACUUAUAAUAGUUCCACUAAUUAUUGUGUUACAGGGUUUGGAAUUCUGUGACUCUAAUGUCCUUGAUCAUUUUGUCUGUGAUGAUAAACCUAUGCUAAAGAUCUCUUGUUCAGAUACAAGGUUCUUAGAUAACAUGGAUACUGUUAGUUCUGCCUUUAUCCUGAUAGUGACUUUGAUUUUUGUGGUGUGGUCCUAUGUCAGUAUAAUCCUAGCGAUUCUAAGAUUCCCCUCUGCCCAGCAAAGGAAAAAGGCAUUUUCUACCUGCUCUUCCCACAUGAUUGUGGUUUCCAUUACCUAUGGCAGCUGUAUGUUUAUAUAUGUCAAACCAUCAGCAAAAGAUGAACUGACCACCAAUAAGGAUGUUACGUUAUUAAGCACUUCUGUCUCCCCAAUGUUAAAUCCAUUCAUUUAUACUUUGAGAAACAAACAAGUAAUUCAGGCUUUGAAAGACUUGGUGAAAAGGCUGUACUCCUCUAAGGGAAUUAGAUGUGUGUUGAAAUAA